AUGUCUAUCUCAGGAGUAACACUUGGGGAGAAACAUAAAUAUUUUAAUAAACUAUGUAUCCAGAAGCAUCACCAAGAAAUCAAAAAUAUAGAUUAUAGUCAAUCAGAUGUAGAAAAUUUAUUAAAAAUUGAAAUAGCAUGUCACAAUAGGAAUGUUGAUUUUAUACUAAAUGUUUUAAAGUGUGAGGACAUGCUCUAUGUAUCGAGAGCUAUUAAACACUCAUUAUGGUUAAUUCAAGAUCCACAAUAUGAACAAAUUAUAAGUCCACACUACUUGCAUAACGAACUUUUGCCUUAUAUGUUGACAGAAGCAAGGAAUAAGUUGCUACUUCACAUUAGACUCCAUCUGAAAGAUCCAAGCCGUAGUGAGAAAUUCUUUAUCUAUCUUGUUGGUAUCGACUUGAUUACUGCAAUGAAAUGGUUACCCAAUUGCUCUGUUACUUUUAUAACAUCAAGAUUAGAUCAAGAUAUAUACAGAAUUCCUGAAAACAUAUUUUUAAGGCUUUUAUGGUUUACAAUGGAGCCUUUACGUGUUUAUGUAAAAUGUUUCUAUUGGAAAAAACCAAUGCUUGAAAAGGCCAUGUUUACUUUAUGCAAAUAUGGUGAGGAGUAUUUUAAAAUUUUAGAUAGUGUUGAAACUGGUCAGUUACCUGUUUUAAAUGCUAAGUACACUAAAUUGGUGAUGAAAAGAUAUCCACAAUGUCUCUUGAAUAAUUUCGAUAGAUAUGGGGAUUUCAUAGAUAGUAAAACUUUUGCUAAGUAUAUAAAAAAAGAAGAUUUAGAAAGUUUUCUAUUAAAAUAUGAAAGUAACAAAAAGGUCAAUCAACUCUUUUCACAAGAAAAACGUGAAACCUUACUAAAAUUAAACAAACAAGGUAAUUUUCUCAGAAAAUUAUCACAAUGUGAGCCAAAUAAUAAACAACAACUGAAAAGAUUAUUGGAGGAAUUCCAUGAAGGUCUAGGUGACCAAAAGCCCCAAAAAAAAUACAUUUUACAAUUUAUCCAUGGUGUUAUUAACAAAUUUAAAACAUUUACAUUUACAGAAGAAACAUGGACACUCCUUAAUAACAUUUAUAUACAAAUUGGUGUCUAUAAUGAAAACAAAAAACAUUUAGAAGCCUGCAAAAAAUCUAUUAUAAUAUACCAUGUUUUGAAUGACAAAGGAGUACCUGACAAAAUACUUUCAAAAUUCUCAACUUCUGAAAAAUUUAAAUCAGAGCAAAAGAAGUUUAAUAAACUGGAAAAGAAAAAAGUGUUCACAUUUUUGUACAGUUUAGCAGAAAAGCAUAUAGAAAAUUGUGAAGAUGAAGAUGUAUUAUGGGGUCUUGAAAGUCUUUUAUUAUUGUUCCAAGAUUGGGGUGAAAAUUGGCAGAAUAAUCCAAAGAUAGUUAACAAAAUUAAAAGUUUGGUUGAGUCUAUGAAAGAUACAUCAAAAAAAGAAGCCUUAAAAACUAUAUAUAGUAGAAAUCGAAUUUGGCGCAAAAUUUUAUUUAAUGAAUCAUUUUUAAUCAAAUGUGAUGAAGGUACUUGUCUCAAUGUACUAAAACACAAUCCUACAUUAUUAGAGUUAAACAAGGAAGCUGUUAUCUCUUUAUGUUUAGAAGAUAAACCAAUGAAAAGAUUUUGUACAAAAUUACGAAUGUUCUGGUCUGAUACAAUAGCAAAAGAUUUUAAAAUUGAGCUAAUGACGAAAUUGGAUUCACAGCCUUCAAAAGAAAUUUUUACUUUGCUAUCUCAAGAUGAAAUGUUAGACUGUAUAGUGUGUAGUAUGUCAAAGCAUCAUAUCAUCCAAUUUAAUAAAACCAAGAUCAUCACACUGCCACAUUUCAUUGCCAAAAAUAUGUAUAGGGCACGUCCAAAGCCGUCAAUACAAUUGGUACUUUCAUAUGGUAAAGAUAUGUAUCUUCAGGAAUCAUUAUCAUCCAUAAAAUCUGUUUUGCACAGUUUGCCAGCUAAACAGACUAUAGAAUGUAUUGAGUUACAAGAAUGGCCUGAAUUUGUUCAGAAACUAUGCGUUGAACAAGCUUUCACAAAAUUUGACAGAGAAGAUAGCAAAAAAAUAAUUUCGAGUAUGUGGAGGAAUACAAAACACAGUUCUGUCCGUGCAGACAUUUUCAAAAAGUCAUACAAUUCAUUAAAAAUAUUUAAUAAAAAUGAUAUUAACAGUAAUAAAUCUUACAAUAGUUGUGUAGAAAAAGAGUGGAGAUACUUAAAAUAUCUUAUAGAAAGUUUAACAGAUCAAGAGAGUAUAAUCAUUUAUAAUUUGUUGAGCAAGAUUGAAAAGGUACCAUUAGUUGUCCGUACAGAAUAUUGUAUAACCAGUUAUAAAUUCUUAAAAAAAUUACCUUUAAGAUGUAACUGCCAGCGAUUCAUGAAUAAAAUUGUUUCCAAAAUUAAUUAUAACCAAGUCUUACCCACUCUUGAAUUAGAUUUUGUAGCUGAAAUGGUCCAGGACACUAUAAUUUUGCAACUAUGGUCUGAAAAAUUAGAUUGGACAUUUAUGAACAUGCUCUUUGAAUGUAUCUCCAUACAGAGCACAGAUGAGAAAAAAAUGGAAGCUUGUAAAAAAGUAUUACUUCCUGUUUUGGAUAACAUCUUUACAAUGUGGAAUAGAAAGACGCCGGGCCUGUUUAUGGUCAGAUACAAUAUGAAUUCUUUAAUCUCUCAUAUGUCUUACAAAGACAUGUUACAGAGGAAUAAUUCCAUUGUACUAAAUCUUCUUAUUGAUAGUUUAGAUAAAAAGUUACCUAUAAAAGAGAACUAUGUAAUGAUAACUAAUUUCAAGUUGGCAGGAGAAUAUUUAAAGGUUCUAUCUGAAUGUGAAAAAAGCUCUCCAAAUAGUCUUUAUGAAAUAACUACGAAAGACUUGAGCAAGAUAUGUAUUAAAAUACUCUGUGAAGAUGUAAAAUCAUACUCCGCUAGUAUAUGGAGACUUUUUUUUCAUGCUUGGCAAAUGAUGAUUAAUAGUUUUGGUAUACAGAAAAAGAUACAGUACAAAGUAAAUAACAUUAUCUUGGAUUUAUCUAAAGAAUUGUCACCGGAUCUGAACAUAUUAUUACAUAUAUUUGUUUUAGAAGACAUAUACUAUACAAAUUAUGGAAAUGAAGAUAAGUUAGGUAGGCAAGCUUUGCGACAUCGAAUUGCAGCCCAUCCUUCAAAAGAAGUAAAAAGCCAAUGUUCAAAAUUGGUAAUAACAGAUCGCUGCAGUAUUCCAUACAAUUCCUUCUUUUAUAGGAUGACAUAUUAA